UUGUAUCUCGUCUUUCCAAAAAACUGUUAAUUGUCCCGUGUUUUAUUCAACUUUCCGUCGAUGCUAAGCACCAAUGCACACUGCAUAUAGGCACCAUGUAGUUCAGUUUGCACGCCAUUGCUGUUUUCCGGCUGCAACAGUACAUCACUCGAUUUACUGCGGUGUCGCGAGCUCGGGGUCGAGCCGCAUAGGGUACGCGCGCAAGUUGACAGUCGCCAUUUUAUUUUGAAAAAUCAAACUGCAUCAGGGAGAAAGCGACCUUUUAAUUGUGAAUAUUGUGAGGUGUAAAGAAAGAAAAUGGUCACCAGCACAUAAUUCCUGUAAGCGAGAUGUCACGUUCCCAGUUGCCCUGAGGGUCACUGUCUUGCGUUCAUACACUGAGAGGAUCAGUUUAUGUUGAAAUAAAAAAAUUCUACUGGGGGGGGAGCAACACUAACCUAACAUUGCAGUGACAAAAGGGGAAUAAUGGUGAUUUUGCGCCGGGCUCGGCCGCCUGCUUCCGCCCCAACCAGCAAUGAAUCUUGACUCGCUCUCGCUGGCUUUGUCUCAAAUCAGCUAUCUGGUGGACAAUUUAACUAAGAAAAACUACAGAGCCAGCCAGCAAGAAAUACAGCAUAUUGUGAAUCGUCACGGCCCAGAGGCAGACAGGCAUCUCCUACGCUGCCUCUUCUCGCAUGUCGAUUUCAGUGGCGAUGGUAAAAGUAGUGGCAAAGAUUUCCACCAGACACAGUUUUUGAUCCAGGAGAACGUGUGUCUGAUCACAAAGCCAAACUUUAUUUCAACCCUCUGUUACGCCAUUGACAAUCCCCUUCACUAUCAGAAGAGCUUAAAGCCAUCACCCCAUUUGUUUACUCAGUUGAGUAAAGUCCUCAAACUUACAAAGGUUCAGGAGGUGAUAUUCGGCCUAGCUCUUCUGAACUCUUGCAGCUCAGACCUCCGAGGCUUUGCUGCCCAGUUUGUGAAGCUUAGGCUUCCAGACCUCCUCCGCUCCUACGUGGACGCCGACCUUGGGGCCAGCCAGGAAGGGGGCUUCCAGGACAUAGCAAUAGAGGUCCUGCACCUGCUCCUUUCUCAUCUUCUGUUUGGGCAGAAAGGAAAUAGUGGUGUUGGACAGGAGCAAAUCGACGUAUUCCUGAAAACACUGUGCAGAGAUUUUCCGCAGGAGCGCUGUCCUGUGGUGCUCGCACCACUUCUGUACCCGGAGAAACGGGACCUUCUCAUGGAUAGGAUCUUGCCAGACUCUGGAGAGUUAACCAAGACCAUGAUGGAAAGUUCGCUUGCUGAGUUUAUGCAGGAAGUCGGCUAUGGCUUCUGUGCAAGUGUUGAUGAGUGCCGAAACAUUAUCCUGCAAUAUGGAGUGCGGGAGGUCACGGCGAGCCAAGUGGCCAGAGUGCUGGGCAUGAUGGCCCGCACCCACUCUGGCCUAUCUGAUGGGAUUCCCCUACAGUCCAUCUCCACUCCGGGUAGCGGCAUCUGGAGCGACGGGAAGGACAAGAGUGACGGCUCACAGGCCCACACCUGGAAUGUUGAAGUUCUGAUAGACGUCGUCAAGGAGAACCCUAAUUUGAACUUCAAAGAGGUGACAUAUGAGCUGGACCACCCAGGGUUUAUGAUCCGGGACAGCAAGGGACUGCAGAUUGUGGUAUAUGGGAUUCAGAGGGGCCUUGGCAUGGAGGUCUUCCCUGUAGAUCUCAUCUAUAGACCAUGGAAGCAUGCAGAAGGGCAGCUGUCUUUUAUCCAGCACUCCUUGAUGAAUCCUGAUGUGUUCUGCUUUGCUGAUUAUCCCUGUCACACCGUAGCCAUUGACAUCUUGAAGGCUCCCCCUGAAGACGAUAACCGAGAGAUAGCCACCUGGAAGAGUCUUGACCUGGUGGAGAGUCUGCUGCGGCUGUCUGAGGUGGGCCAGUACGACCAGGUGAAGCAGCUCUUCAGCUUUCCCAUCAAGCACUGCCCAGACAUGCUGGUGCUGGCACUGCUUCAGAUCAGUACGUCCUGGCACACGCUGCGCCAUGAGCUGAUCUCUACCCUCAUGCCCAUCUUCCUGGGAAACCACCCGAACUCUGCCAUCAUCCUGCACUAUGCCUGGCAUGGACAGGGCCAGUCCCCUUCUAUCCGCCAGCUCAUCAUGCACUCAAUGGCAGAGUGGUACAUGAGAGGGGAACAGUAUGACCAAGCCAAGCUCUCGCGCAUAUUAGAUGUGGCUCAGGACUUAAAGUCUCUCUCCAUGCUGCUAAAUGGUACUCCAUUUGCCUUUGUAAUUGACCUUGCUGCACUUGCCUCUCGCCGUGAAUACCUCAAACUCGACAAAUGGCUGACCGAUAAAAUCCGAGAGCACGGGGUAGGUUGGCAGGAGCCCUUCAUCCAAGCCUGCGUAACCUUUCUAAAGAGACGCUGCCCCUCCAUCAUGGGUGGUCUAGCUCCUGACAAGGACCAGCCCAAAAGUGCUCAGCUUCCUCCUGAAACACUGGCUACCAUGUUGGCAUGUCUGCAGUCAUGUGCUGGGAAUGUAUCACAGGAGCUCUCCGAGACCAUCUUGACCAUGGCGGCUAACUGUAGUAAUGUGAUGAAUAAGGCACGCCAGCCUCCCCCUGGAGUGAUGCCAAAGCCGGGCCAAAGGGCUCCAAGCACCAGCAGUCUAGACGCCAUCUCUCCAGUCCAGUCCGACCCCUCUUAUCCGCUGCAGAUGGACUCGAUCUCCAUGAGCUCCCUGAACCUGGGCACAUCGGCCGCCUCCCACACCCCGAGCAUGCAAGGCUUCCCCACACCGCUGGGCUCUGCGUUCAGCAACCCCCAGUCUCCAGCCAAGGCCUUUCCUCCUCUGUCCAACCCAAACCCUAGUGCCACUUUUGGAAUAAGCGGUCUCUCCACACAGCUUCCAGCUCCACUGGGUAUUGGGUCUGGCCUGGGGAUGCCAGCGGUCACCAGUGACCCAUUUGGCACCAGGAAGAGUACGCCGGGUCUGACCCCACCAACCUUUCAGCAGACUGACCUAUCUCAGGUUUGGCCUGAGGCUAACCAGCACUUUAGUAAGGAAAUUGAUGAUGAGGCCAACAGCUACUUCCAGCGCAUCUAUAACCACCCCCCACAUCCCACCAUGUCUGUUGAUGAGGUGCUGGAGAUGCUGCAGAGGUUUAAGGACUCCAGCAUCAAACGCGAGCGUGAAGUAUUCAACUGUAUGCUGAGGAACCUGUUCGAAGAGUAUCGCUUCUUCCCGCAGUACCCAGACAAAGAGUUGCACAUCACUGCUUGCCUUUUUGGAGGCAUCAUAGAGAAGGGCCUGGUCACAUACAUGGCUCUGGGGCUGGCACUGCGAUAUGUUUUGGAAGCCUUAAGGAAACCCUUUGGAUCCAAAAUGUAUUACUUUGGGAUUGCUGCACUAGAUAGGUUUAAAAAUAGGCUAAAGGAUUAUCCACAGUAUUGCCAGCACUUGGCAUCCAUAGCCCAUUUCCUUCAGUUCCCCCAUCAUUUACAAGAGUGUGUGCAGUAUAUCGAGUAUGGGCAGCAGUCACGGGACCCUCCAGUGAAGAUGCAGGGCUCCAUCACCACACCAGGCAGCCUAGCGUUGGCCCAGGCUCAGGCCCAGUCCCAGGCUCCCAAAGUCCCCCUGCCUGGGCCGCUCAGCACCCUGGUCACCACCGCUACAACCACCACCACUGCUGCCAAAACCACAACCAUCACCAGGCCCACUGCUGUCAAUUUUAAGAAAGAUGUGCCACCCUCUAUAAACACAACAAACAUUGACACCCUGCUGGUAGCCACGGAUCAAACAGAGAGGAUUGUGGAGCCACCUGAGAGUGUGCAAGAGAAAAUCGCCUUCAUCUUCAACAACCUCUCUCAAUCCAACAUGACCCAAAAGGUUGAGGAGCUUAAGGAGACCGUGAAAGAGGAGUUCAUGCCCUGGGUAUCUCAGUACCUAGUCAUGAAGCGUGUCAGCAUUGAGCCAAAUUUCCACAGCCUGUAUUCUAACUUUCUGGAUACACUGAAGAACCCAGAGUUUGUGAAGAUGGUUCUGAAUGAGACGUACCGGAACAUCAAGGUCCUUCUUACCUCUGACAAGGCAGCUGCUAACUUUUCUGAUCGCUCCCUGCUGAAGAACUUGGGGCACUGGCUGGGGAUGAUUACUCUGGCUAAAAACAAGCCCAUCUUAUACCAGGAUCUGGAGUUGAAAUCCUUGCUUCUUGAGGCGUAUGUCAAAGGACAGCAGGAGUUGCUGUAUGUGGUACCAUUUGUUGCCAAAGUCCUGGAGUCCAGCCUCCGCAGCGUGGUCUUCAGACCUCUGAAUCCAUGGACGAUGGCCAUCAUGAAUGUACUGGCAGAGCUGCAUCAGGAACAUGACUUAAAGUUGAACCUGAAGUUUGAGAUUGAGGUUCUGUGCAAGAACCUGUCACUGGACAUCAACGACCUGAAGCCAGGCAACCUGCUGAAGGACAAGGACACACUGAAGAACCUAGAGGAGCAGCUGUCUGCACCAAAGAAAGAGGUCAAGCCACCUGAAGAGAUGCUGCCGGUUGUCACUACAGACUCUCUUCUGUUUGCAGCUGCUCCCUCAGCUCCCGUCACUACCGUCGCCUGCACAGCCACCGGCCCCCCCACCCCCCAGUUUAGCUAUCAUGACAUCAAUGUGUACGCCCUAGCAGGGCUGGCCCCGCACAUAAACAUCAACAUCAAUGUGAGCACCGAUUCACUAACCAGUCAAGUCAAUACAGCUAUAUCAACAUUAGUGUCAGGAGAGACAAUCCCCCUGUUGCAGGCCCAUCCUCAGCUGAAGCAGUGCGUGAGGCAGUCAAUUGAGCGCGCUGUCCAGGAGCUGGUUCACCCAGUGGUGGAUCGCUCCAUCAAGAUCGCCAUGACCACCUGUGAGCAGAUCGUCAGGAAGGACUUUGCACUGGACUCAGAGGAGUCCCGCAUGCGGGUGGCCGCCCAUCACAUGAUGCGCAACCUGACCGCCGGCAUGGCCAUGAUCACCUGCAGAGAGCCACUCCUCAUGAGCAUCGCCACCAACCUCAAGAACAGCUUUGCUGCAGCACUUAGGGCUCCCACCCCCCAGCAGAGAGAGAUGAUGGAGGAGGCAGCGGCUCGCAUUGCCCAGGACAACUGUGAGCUUGCGUGUUGCUUCAUCCAGAAGACUGCUGUGGAGAAGGCUGGUCCUGAGAUGGACAAGCGGCUGGCCACGGAGUUUGAGCUGAGGAAGCACGCCCGUCAGGAGGGCCGGCGCUACUGUGACCCUGUCGUCCUCACCUACCAGGCAGAGCGCAUGCCCGAGCAGAUCAGGCUGAAGGUGGGUGGAGUGGACCCAAAGCAGCUGGCCGUGUACGAGGAGUUUGCCCGAAAUGUCCCCGGCUUCCUCCCCAGCAACGAUCUGUCUCAGCCCACAGGAUUCCUUGCUCAGCCAAUGAAGCAGCAGGCAUGGGCCACCGAUGAUGUGGCUCAGAUCUAUGACAAGUGCAUUGCAGAUCUGGAGCAGCACCUGCACGCCAUCCCCCCAGCCCUGGCCAUGAACCCACAGACCCAGGCGCUGCGCAGUCUGCACGAGGCAGUGCUGCUCGCACGCAACUCCCGCGAUGGCAUCGCCGCCCUCGGCCUGCUCCAGAAGGCCGUGGAGGGGUUGCUGGAUGCCACCAGUGGAGCCGAUCCCGACCUGCUGCUGCGCUACAGGGAAUGCCACCUGUUGGUGCUCAAAGCCCUGCAGGAUGGACGCGCCUACGGACCGCAGUGGUGUAACAAGCAAAUCACCAGAUGCCUGAUUGAGUGCCGUGACGAGUACAAAUACAACGUGGAGGCCGUGGAGCUGCUGAUCAGAAACCACCUGGUGAACAUGCAGCAGUAUGACCUGCAUCUGGCUCAGUCGAUGGAGAAUGGGCUGCACUACAUGGCCGUGGCGUUCGCCAUGCAGCUGGUGAAGUUGCUCCUUGUAGAUGAGCGCAGCGUGAGCCACAUCACAGAGGCUGACCUCUUCCACACCAUCGAGACCCUGAUGAGGACCAGUGCCCACUCCAGAGCCAAUGCCCCAGAAGGGUUGCCCCAGCUGAUGGAUGUGGUCCGCUCCAACUAUGAAGCCAUGAUUGAUCGCGCUCAUGGCGGACCCAACUUCAUGAUGCAUUCUGGGAUAUCCCAGGCUUCUGAGUACGAUGACCCUCCAGGCCUGCGCGAGAAGGCAGAGUACCUGCUGAGAGAGUGGGUGAACCUGUACCACUCUGCAGCUGCUGGACGGGACAGCACCAAAGCCUUCUCGGCUUUUGUGGGCCAGAUGCAUCAGCAGGGCAUUCUGAAGACGGAUGACUUAAUCACGCGCUUCUUCCGGCUCUGCACUGAGAUGUGUGUGGAGAUCAGCUACCGGGCGCAGGCAGAGCAGCAGCACAACCCCGCUGCCAGUGCAGCCAUCAUCAGAGCCAAAUGCUACCACAACCUGGAUGCCUUUGUGCGCCUCAUCGCUCUACUGGUCAAACACUCGGGAGAGGCCACCAACACGGUCACAAAGAUCAACCUGCUCAACAAGGUGCUUGGCAUUGUGGUUGGCGUUCUGAUCCAGGAUCAUGAUGUGAGACAGACGGAGUUCCAGCAGCUGCCGUACCACCGCAUCUUUAUCAUGCUGUUGCUGGAGCUCAACGCCCCUGAGCACGUCCUGGAGACCAUCAACUUCCAGACCCUCACUGCCUUCUGCAAUACUUUCCACAUUUUGAGGCCUACCAAAGCCCCUGGCUUUGUCUAUGCGUGGCUGGAGCUGAUUUCUCACAGAAUCUUCAUCGCCAGGAUGCUAGCACACACCCCACAACAGAAGGGUUGGCCUAUGUAUGCGCAGUUGCUCAUCGACCUGUUCAAGUACCUGGCCCCCUUCCUGAGGAAUGUCGAGCUCAACAAACCUAUGCAAAUCCUCUACAAGGGCACCCUCCGUGUGCUUCUGGUCCUGCUCCAUGAUUUCCCAGAGUUCCUGUGUGACUACCAUUAUGGCUUCUGUGAUGUCAUCCCUCCCAACUGCAUCCAGUUGCGGAACCUGAUCCUGAGUGCCUUCCCCCGCAACAUGAGACUUCCAGACCCCUUCACACCCAACCUGAAGGUGGACAUGUUAAGUGAAAUAAAUAUUGCUCCACGCAUCCUCACCAACUUUACUGGAGUGAUGCCCUCCCAGUUUAAGAAGGAUCUGGACUCUUACCUGAAGACUCGUUCUCCGGUCACCUUCCUGUCGGAGCUGCGCAGCAACCUGCAGGUAGGGGGCUCCACUCUGGGUCCCUGGAAGCACUUACAGCAAAGCGACACAUCCUUAGACCAGGUGUCCAGUGAGCCUGGCAAUCGCUACAAUAUUCAGCUGAUCAACGCGCUGGUGUUGUAUGUGGGCACUCAGGCCAUCGCUCACAUCCACAACAAGGGCAGCACUCCCUCGAUGAGCACCAUCACACAUUCAGCACACAUGGACAUCUUCCAGAACCUCGCUGUGGACCUGGACACUGAGGGCCGCUAUCUGUUCCUGAACGCGAUAGCCAACCAGCUGCGUUACCCGAAUAGCCACACACAUUACUUCAGCUGCACCAUGCUUUACUUGUUUGCGGAGGCUAACACAGAGGCCAUUCAGGAGCAAAUCACCAGGGUCCUGCUGGAGAGGCUGAUUGUGAACAGGCCACAUCCUUGGGGAUUGCUCAUCACCUUCAUUGAGCUCAUCAAGAACCCGGCCUUUAAGUUCUGGAGCCAUGACUUUGUCCACUGUGCUCCGGAGAUUGAGAAGUUGUUCCAGUCGGUGGCUCAGUGCUGUAUGGGGCAGAAGCAAGCCCAGCAGGUGAUGGAGGGCACGGGUGCCAGCUAGGCUGUAGAGCCACCAUCUCUGAGGUCGACGAGAACCAACCCCAACCCACCCACUCACUCACUCGCACACUGAUGCCCUCGUCAUCACUGUCAGCACUGAAUUUAACUGGGACUUGUUUUCUUUCCCCCCCCCCCCCCCCAUUAGAUCAAAGUUUUGUUUUUUUGGUCAGAAAAAAAAUGAAAGUUUCUUUUAUUUAUGUCGCGAUGACAUGCUGUUAAAUAAAGUUUUGAAGCUACAUUGUAAAUAUUAAAAGGGACUAAGAAAGAUGAUUUUGCCCAGGCCAUCUGAUAGACUGAGAGAAACUAUUAGCAUGCACAAAUACACACAAUAUUGACUUUCUGACAGACCCCCAACCAUUGAUUUUAGUUUUUUGCCUUCAAGACUGAUUUAUUUUUCUUCUGAAACUGUAUGGUGGUACUUUAUGAAAACUCUGCCUAAUUUCUGUUUGGUUUGUGUUCUUGGAGAGCAGGCAGUGUAGAGAUAUCAACAGAGGUGGACAGGUGUGAUUUUAGGGUGCUGGGUUGGGGUAAAGGUAGCACCGUUUUAAAUGCGGGACUUAUAGGUUCUCCCUGGCUCGUGUAAAAUUGUGGAAUACUCAGAAAUUUGAUGGCAAUUUAAAUCUUGAAUUUGUACAAAGAUCUAAAUUGCUGAACAAAAGGAGGACCAAUACAGCCCAUUUUGUAAGGAUUUUGAAUGUUUUGUAAAUGUAUUGGUCCGGGUGUUGUAUUUUGUAGUACUUUCUAGUUGCCUUUAGUUCUUGCUACUUAUUUCCUGUAUGUAUGCAUUCUGUAGUUAACGCAUUAAACACUUGAACUGCA